CCUCUCUCUCUCUCUCUUAUCUCACUUUCUCGCCCUACAGGCUCAGAUUUUUCUCUCUCUAAAAAACAAAGCCCAAAAAAUUUCCAGAGCACAAAAACAAAGAAGAAGAAGAAAGACGAAGCCACACCCAAGCCCUAGGAGGAGGAGAAGAAGAGGCAUCCGUCACGGCUCUCUCUAAGUUCGAUCUGAGUCCCAAACCCUAGACGGCGGCGCACCGCGGCGGUGACGGUGACGGUGAGUGUUUGAUUCUCUGUUUCCGUUUCGGUUAAUUUCGGUGCGGCGGCGGCGUUGGAUUGGGGGAUUGACGUGAGGUGUGUAUGGGUGGUUGAUAACAAGGAGGCGAGUUUGGGGAUCUAGGAGGCGGCGGAGGGCGGCGGUUGUUGUUGGUGGUGGUGGUUUGGGAUUUAGGUUAAUUGGGGGAGGGGUGUGUGGGGCUGCCCCAUGCAAUUGGGCUGGUUUUGAUGCCGCCGGAGCCAUUGUCGUGGGAUCGGAAGGACUUGUUCAAGGAGAGGAAGCACGAGAGGUCGGAGUCGCUUGGUCCGGUGGCGCGAUGGAGGGACUCGCCUCAUCACGCGCCGCCCCGGGACUUGAACCGCUGGUCCUCCGCCGAGUUUCGCAGACCUCAGCCAGGUCAUGGUAAACAGGGUAAUUGGCACCUGUUUUCGGAUGAUUCUGGUCACGGAUAUGCAUCUUCGAGGUCCAGCGAGAAGAUGCUGGAUGAUGAGAGCUUCCGGCCAUUGUUUUCACGUGGAGAAGGGCGGUACGGGAGGAAUGGUAGGGAUAAUAGAGGGUCUUAUAACCAGAGGGACUGUAAAGGGCAUGCCUGGGAAACAAGCAGUCUUUCUCCUAACACGCCUGGGAGGCUGAAUGAUAUGAGUAAUGAACAAAGACCUCAGGAUGAUAAUAUGACGUACUCAUCUAAUCCGCAUUCUGACUUUGGGAGCACAUGGGAUCAGAUUCAGUUGAAAGACCAACUUGAUAGGAUGGGUGGUUCUAAUGGUUUAAGUGCUGGCCAGAAAUGUGAUAGAGAUAAUUCUCUGGGCUCAAUGGAUUGGAGGCCUCUUAAAUGGUCUCGUUCUGGAAGCAUGUCUUCACGCGGGUCGGGUUUUAGCCACUCAAGUAGUUCGAAGAGCAUUGGGGCUAUUGAUUCCAAUGAAGCUAAGGGUGAGUCACAGGGGAAAAAUGCAACUCCGCUGCAGUCCCCUUCAGGGGAUGCUACUGCCUGUGUGACAUCUGCUGCACCAUCAGAGGAGGCUAGUUCUAGGAAGAAGCCUCGUCUUGGAUGGGGUGAGGGACUGGCGAAGUAUGAGAAAAAAAAAGUUGACCCAGCUGAUGUUAUCAUGAACAAAGAUGGGGAUGUCUGUCCUGCUGGUAAUGUGGAACCUGUACAAUCUGUGAGUUCACACUUGGCCGAUAAAAGCCCCAAAGUCACGGUGCUUACGGAUUGUGCAUCUCCUGCAACUCCAUCCUCUGUAUCUUGCAGUUCCUCUUUAGGCUUCAGAGCCCAAUCUCAUGGCAAGGCAGCCAGCGCUGAUAAUGAUAGUAAUUUAUAUUCUCCCGGUCCCGAGUUUCAGAGUCAUCCAGAAGGAGUUGCAUUCAAAUUAGAAAAGCUGGAUUAUAACUCCCUAGCUAACGUUAGCUCAUCACUACACGAACUGCUCCAGUCUGAUGAUCCAAGUCCCAUGGAUUCUAGUACAGUGAGACCUACUGCAAUGAACAAGUUGCUCAUGUGGAAAGGUGAUAUUUCCAAAGUAUUAGAGGUGACCGAGUCAGAAAUUGAUACGCUGGAGAACGAGUUGAAGAUGUUGAAAUCUGUUUCUGGGGACAGCUCUCAAUGUCCAGCAGCUUCUAAUUCUCUUCCGGCCGAGGACAGUGCUAAAUCUGGCAAAGAACAGGCUACUGCCAUACAUUUGAUCACCAGACCUGCUCCGUUGCAAAUUUUUUCUUAUGGGGAUACAGAUCCAGAGAAGUUGGCUCUUGCUAAUGGAGAACAGGGAGAGUCAUGUGGUGUCAAGGAUCAAGAUAUGGAUAGUCCUGGAACAGCAACUUCAAAGUUUGUUGAAAGGUUACCUUUGUCAAAGGUUGCUUCAUCUGAUAUGGGGAAACCAAGUGGGUGUGCUGAGAGUCAGGAUCUAGUUCAAACCAUUGAAAUGGUAGAAUGCCUAGCUGCUGGGAAAGAUGAAGAAAAGAGUGAGAUAGUUAUAGUUGCACCUGUGUCUGAUGAUUUGGGUCGUGCCGGAGUAGCAGAUACAUUAUGUGAUUCAAUAUUUUCUUCAAAUAAAGAAUCUGCAAAUAGAGCAUCUGACAUAUUUAAUAAGCUGUUGCCCAAAGAUAACCGUAAAGUUGAUAUUUCGGGACUUGGUAUUUCCUCGUCAUGGAAGAAUGAUUCAUUGCUCAAAGAAAAGUUCAAAGCAAGGAAGCAGCGUUUAAGGUUCAUGGAGAGAGUAGUAACCUUAAAAUAUAAGGCCCAUCAGCAAUUGUGGAAGGAAGAUCUGCGCUUGCUUUCAGAGAGAAAAUAUCGUCCAAAAUCUCACAAAAAAUAUGAUUUAGGAUUGCGGAACACUAGUAAUGGGUACCAAAAGCAUCGCUCUUCCAUUCGCGCCCGUUUUUCUACACCUGCAGGAAAUAUGAGCCUGGUUCCUACUAAAGAGGUUGAGAAGUUCACUAACAAGGUGCUCUGUGAUUCUCAAGUCAAGCUUCAUAGGAAUUCGUUGAAGAUGCCAGCUUUAAUUCUGGACAAGGAGGAAAAGAUUGCAACAAGGUUCAUUUCUAGUAAUGGCUUAAUUGAAGAUCCCUGUGCUGUUGAGAAGGAGAGGACUUUGAUUAACCCUUGGACGCCUGAAGAAAAAGAAGCUUUUAUUGAAAAGUUGGCGGUCUUUGGGAAAGAUUUCAAAAAGAUUGCCUCUUUCUUUGAUCACAAGACAACUGCUGACUGUGUCGAGUUCUACUACAAGCAUCACAAAUCUGCUGCUUUCCAGAAAGCAAAGAAGAAGCCCGAUAUCUCUAAACUAGAAAAGUCCUCUGCCAAUACCUUCAUGAUUAACCCUGUGACAAAAUGGAACCGUGAGGUGAAUGCUGCUUCCCUUGAUAUUCUUGGUGCUGCUUCUGUGAUGGCAUCUCAGGCUGAUGGCAGUACAAGAAGUCGGACUGGGCAUUUAAUUUUAGGAGGGUACAGAAAUACAAAGACAUCACAGGGUGAUUCUGUGACUGCUGAAAGGUCGUGUAGUUUUGAUGUUAUUGGUAAUGAGAGAGAAACAGCUGCUGCUGAUGUUUUAGCAGGUAUCUGUGGAUCUCUGUCUUCUGAGGCAGUCAGUUCUUGCAUUACUAGUUCCAUUGAUCCUGGUGACGGUUGCCGGGAAUGGAAGUGCCAGAAAGUUGAUUCACUAGCAAGACGACCUUUGACGCCUGAUGUUCUGCAAAAUGUUGAUGAUGAGACGUGUUCGGAUGAGAGUUGUGGUGAAAUGGAUCCUUCAGAUUGGACAGAUGAAGAGAAGUCUUGCUUCAUACAGGCAGUGUCAUCCUAUGGUAAGGACUUUGCUAUGAUCUCACGAUGUGUAAGAACGAGGUCCCAGAAUCAAUGCAAGGUUUUCUUUAGUAAGGCUCGAAAGUGUCUUGGGCUUGAUGUGGUGCAUCCUCGACGUGGAAAUGAAGGAGCUUCUACUGUUGAUGAUGCUAAUGGAGGUGGGAGUGAUAUGGAAGAUGCAUGCUUUGUGGAGACUGGUUCUGGUAUUUCCAUUGAUAAGUCAUGUUGUGAAAUGAACGAGGACUUGCCAUUAUCUGUUAUGGACGUGGAUCAGGAAGACUCCACCAUGAAUUUGCAAUGUGAUCCACUGGGAUCAGUGGAAAGCAAUGUGAAGGGAGAAGUUGACCAUCUAGACAAAAAGGCUCUCAAAGCUUCUGAAGCACUUAAGAUAGAGGACAGGCCGAAGCUAGUUUUUGAUGAUCUCACCAACAUGAUGGAUUUUACUGACAGACUAUCUGAGUCACUGCCUGCCCAGAGAAGUGAACCAUUUUCUGCUGAUGUGGAUGCUGUGAGAGAUAAUGCGGCUGAAAAGGGAAGUUUGGUUGUAGAGUCUGACCUGCCUAAGUUGGAGGGACAUGAUGAAAGAUGCAAUACAGAUACAAGUGGAUGUGGGCUACAAGCUUCAGCACAUGAUUCGAAUUCUAGUGGCAGCGCUUCUGACAUGGCUGCUGAAGGUUGCUGUUCAGGUUUGGCUGCUGAAGGCAUGCAUCAAGUGUCAGUUGAGUUGAAUUCGAUACAAAAAUCAUCUCUUAAUUUGCCACAUGAGGAUCUUCUUGCUACUGCAAUUUCUGUGCCAGAAAAUUCCGUUCUAGUUAAAUGUGGGAAAGCCCUUAACCAGGAUAGCCUGUCAUCAACUAAGCAGGAGGGUAGAGACAAGCAGUGUUUAUCUAUUCAUGGUGCUGAAUGUCACAAGCACUUGCCGGGUCUUCCAGUAUUGGCAAAUGUUGACCCAGCCCAUGUUCUCAGUGGUUAUCCGUUGCAUAUAGCAACGAGGAAAGAGAUCAAUGCACACAUCAGUCGUGGUAACUUAUCGGAAGUACAGAACCUUUCAAAGCCUGAGGGGAUCCUCAACGGGCAUAUGCCAAAAGAUUGUAUUUUUCGAUUUGGUAACUGCAAACCCCAAAGUUCUCAGGUUGAUUUUCCUCUUGUGCAUCAAAAGAUAGAGCGUCUGACUGAUACUACGAAGGCCCAUUCAUGGAGUUCAUCAGAUACUGAUGAACCGAGCAGAAAUGGUGAUGUGAAACUGUUCGGUAAGAUACUCACCAGUACCUCCAAGUCCAGUUCCAGUGUUCCUGAGAAUGAAGAGAAGGGGUCCCAUGUGCAUAAUUUAAGCAGCAAGUCAUCUAACUUAAAAUUCAGUGGUCAUCAUAACUUAGAUGGAAACUCUGGUGUUUUGAAGUUUGAUAGUAGUCCCAGGAGGAAUUAUAGCUUUUGGGAAGGGAACAAAGUACAAAAUGGGCAUCAGUCCUUUCCUGAUUCGGCCAUCUUGCUUGCCAAGUACCCUGCGGCUUUUGGCAAGUUUCCUACAUCCUCUGUGAAAUCAGAACAGCAACCGUUGCAGGCAGUUGUUAGGAACAAUGAUGGCCAUGUGAGUGGUGUGUCAGUUUUUCCUUCGAGGGAAAUUGGCAGUAGCAACAGCAGCAGCAAUGGUAGUGGAAUUGUUGAUUAUCAUCAGGUGUUCAGUAGGCAUCGUGAUGGUGGUGCUAAAGUACCACCAUUUACAGUAGAUGUGAAGCAGAGGCAAGACAUAUUUGAUGUUUCAAGACGAAAUGGGUUUGAGUCAAUAUCAAGUUUACCGCAGCAAGGAAGGGGGAUUGUUGGAAUGAAUGUAGCAGGGAGAGGAGGAAUUAUGGUAGGAGGGCCGUGUACCGGUGUUUCAGAUCCUGUGGCUGCCAUUAGGAUGCACUAUGCGAAAACAGAACAGUACGGAGGACAUGGGAGCAUCAUCAGGGAGGAGGAGGAGUGGAGAGGUAAGGGUGAUAUAGGGAGGUAGUAGAUGUGCCUGAGGGCCUUGAGAGAGGUCCUCGGCGGCAAAUUCCUCUAUUUGCCGCGUCCUGUAUAAUAGUUUUUGCGUUUUGUUCAUUUAGUGACUAGGUAGGGCAGAGUUCUUUUUGGUAAAAUGCUUUAGGUGCUUGUAAUAUUGCAGCAGCUUUGUAUUUGUUGUAUUUUAUCAAAAUACAGAAAUAAACUGCAAAAGUUGAAGUUGGGAAGAUUAUUCA